AUGGCUCCUUCCACCACCACCACCAUCUCCCUCUCUUCUCGCCCAAGCAAAAAGCUAAAACGCGAUGAAUCAAAACACAUUAAGAAGGCUGAUGCGCCCUCGAAACGCUCCGUGAGCUUCGCGGAGAAAGACGGGAAAGGAAAAGGCAAGGAAAAGGCCCGCGCGCCGACCCCGCCGCCUUCGAAAAAGCAGAAGACGGCUGUUACCACCAAAACCAAAACCAAGGCCGUUUCCGAAGAUUCCGCCGAAAAGGAAGCGCCGCUGCCGACUUCUUUCAGGAUAAUUGCAGGGUCGUACGAGAAAUUGCUAUACGGCUUCGACGGAACACUGUCCCCGACGCCGAGUUCAUCAACGUCGGACGCCGAUACACCAGAGACGGAAUGGUCGCUAAACCCGAUGUUCAUGUUUCCUGCGCACGUGUCUUCGGUCAAGGCGGUCGCGGCCUCGCCUCAGGGCGGCAAAUGGCUCGCGUCUGGGAGUUCGGACGAGAUCAUCAAGGUCUGGGACUUGCGCAGGAGAAAAGAAGUCGGCGGGCUUAUGCACCAUCAAGGCUCAAUUACACAUCUGCUCUUCCCCUCACGCUCGCAUCUCCUCUCCGCAUCCGAAGACGGCACCCUCGCACUUUUCCGCGCACGAGAUUGGGCAGUACUCCGCACAUUGAAGGGCCAUACCGGUCGCAUCAACUCUGUUGCCGUACAUCCGAGCGGAAAGCUCGCACUAUCCGUCGGCCGCGAUCGUACGCUCCGAAUGUGGGAUCUGAUGCGUGGGAAGGGUAGCGCGAGUACCAAGUUGGGAGUGGAGGGAGAACUCGUGAGGUGGUCGGCGGAGGGAGAUAUGCUUGUCGUGCAGUAUCAGAGGACGGUCGACGUUUAUAAGACCGACCUCUCAAAAGUGCAUACAAUCACACAUCCGUCUCGGAUACAAGACGUCAAGUUCGUAAGCCGACCCGACGGCGCGGGCCAAGUCCUGCUCGUAGCAGCAGAGGACAAGAAGACAACGGCAUACGUCGUCGUCCCAGACGCCGACGUUCAACCCCGGAUCAUCGCAUCCUUCAUUGGCCACGGAAGCCGCGUCAAAGCCAUCGACACUCUUCGCGUCGCGCGCGCAGAUGGCACAGCAACAACCGUGCUCGGAAGCGUUUCGUCCGACGGAACAAUACACGCGUAUGAUCUAUCGAAGUUGCCUGAACAGGCGACAGUGAAUGCGGUGGAGAUUGAGCCGUCGGCGAGAUACGAUACGAACAAGACGAGGUUGACGUGUAUUGCGUUGGCGGAUGGCGAUGCGGAGUCGGGGGCGGAUGUUGUGGGGAAGAGGAAACGGGAGGAGGUUGGGGAGGAAGAGUGGGAUAGCGAGGUCGAGGAAGAGGCGGAAGAUGAGCUGGAGGGAGAAGAAGAGGAAGAGUAG